AUGCGCCUCUUCGUGUGCUAUGCUGAUUUUUCAGUUGGACAAGUCAUUGAAAAAGCACUACGGAACUUUGAGUCGUCCACAGAAUGGGCAGAUCUCAUCUCCUCUUUGGGCAAGCUUAACAAGGCAUUACAAAGUAAUCUUCGUUACUCCCUCCUUCCAAGGAGGCUAAUCAUAGGAAAGCGUCUGGCACAGUGUCUGCAUCCAGCUCUCCCCAGUGGGGUUCAUCUAAAGGCCCUUGAAACCUACGAGGUCAUCUUUAAAAUCAUUGGGACCAAAUGGCUUGCAAAAGAUCUGUUUAUUUACAGCUCAGGCUUGUUUCCUCUGCUGAGCCACGCUGCCAUGGCAGUGAAGCCCGUGCUUCUUGCUCUGUACGAGCGUUACUAUUUACCAAUACAACGAGCCUUGCUUCCCAGCCUUCAAGCUUUCAUAACUGGACUGCUGCCUGGUCUUGAAGAAGGUCUGGAGGUGUAUGACAGAACUGAUGCAUUGCUGUUGAAGUUAUCGCUGCUGGUUGGACAGCAGGUUUUUUACGGCGCACUCUGGGGUUGUGUUUUGGUUAGUCCAAUGGUUCGACUUCCAGCUUCAGUGUUCAUUGUCACUCACUUUGACCGCAUGGUGUGCCUGAGUCAGCAGACGUAUAUGCUGGGCUAUGAUCACCAUCUUGUGGUGAAGUCAUUGAGUCUUUCUUUACAAGAUUCCAAUGUCCUUGUCCAGAGAAACAUGCUAGAGGUCCUGCUCUACUUUUUCCCCUUUGCUACAUGUCUGAAUCCGGUUGAGGCCAGUAUUGCCAUGAGUGUGGAAGCCUUGAUGUCCCUGGUCUCCGCUGCACUGCUCACACUUCUCCGCAGAGACAUGUCCCUCAACAGACGCCUUUAUGCCUGGCUUUUAGGCACAGAUAUUAAAGGUGGCAUGGUUGCCCCUCACCCAGCCCUUUCUACAACAGUUGAGGAGCAUACAACAUUCUACUUCAAUACAUAUUCUAAAAGUUACCUUGUGCAGGCAAUGUUUAAUAUUAUAAAACAAAAAGACAUGGAGUCAGACCCAGAGAAGGUGGUUGGGUAUCUGAGGCCGUUUCGCAUUCUGAUGAGCCUCCUGGAUAAACCAGAAAUAGGUCCGCUGGUUUUGAGCAAUGUUUUACUGGAGUUGGUUCGAGCCUUCUACAGCUCCUGCAGAGAAAUGCUUGGUGAGGAAACUAUCAGCAGCUCAGGACUUUCAGGCAACCACUUAGCCAGCAAGAUAAAAGAAAACAAGAAGGCCUCUGAGAUUAUUAAGACGAUGAAUAUGCUCAUGAGCACGAUGAACAGUGAAUAUCUGUGGGAAUAUAUGACACGUCGCUUCUGUACGGCCCUGAGUUCCAAAGAUGACCCCCCAAAACCUCCAAUGCCAGACUGCAGUCACCCUGCUACAUCCGUCUCGGAGAUGUCUAAGCUCAUUAUCUUUCUGCUCGACAUUAUACCUUUGGAGUUGCACGCCGACAUUCAGUCCCAAUUUCUGCCUGAAAUGUUGGGCACAAUGUUGAGAGCGCUGCAGAGCAAUAUCUGCUCACUGAGUUUGGGGGAUGUCACCCAAAGUCUGCGGGCCUGCUUCAAAGUUCUUAGUAAGAUCCAAAUGCCUGUGUCUUACAUGGACGGGGAGGCAGGGACCAGCACGCAAGAGAUGUUCUCCCAGAUGCAAGAGAGGAGUGACAAUAGCAAGAGCGUUCCUGACAAUGGGGAAAAGGCUGCCAACGGUCAUCUUAAUGGUCAGUGCGGAGACACAAAUUCCAACAGAAACAGUGCAGAUGAGGCAGAGUCUGGUGUUUAUGCACCGCUCCGGUCUGAAGACAGUGGUCUGGGAAUUAGUGCAUCACCCUCAGAACAACUUUUGCCACCGAUGAUUGGAACGCAGACUGAGGAAAAUAAAAGUAUCAAAGACAGCGAGAGAGUGUGGCGGAAAGGUGGAAGUGUUCACAGCUUUGUCCCAUGCCUUCAGGACAUUCUUGCUUUCUUAAGCACCAGAUACCUGCUUGUUCAGGUGGAAGAAAUCCACAAUUCGGAGGAAGAGUCCCAGCCGCCCCUUUCCCCUUCUCCUGUGGACCAAAAGAACCGUCCACCUGGAAGAGAAAUUAAAGACAAACUUGCUGGGCUCUUUGUUUCAAAUAUUUUGAAACCUCGAUUCUCCACUGAUGACGCUGCCUCAGUGGAGCUGCAGACAGCCGCCUCUGAUGAACAGUUUAAAAAGAAAAGGGAUCGUUUGUCUCAUGGCUGUCUGCACUGGGGAGAGGGUUAUAUGCCCAGAGGAAAAGGAGACAUUUCUGAAGACUGUCGUCAGGCGUUUACAGCUUCUUGUCAUCUCCUACUAGAAUGCAUUACAUUUCCGAUCUACCUAAGUGAAGAGGAGACACUUACUCUCUACACAGACAUGUUUGGUCACUCCGGUUGUAUUGUUGAAGAUUUGCCAGUGUGGCUGAGAUCAUUGAUGAUACUCUGCUGCCUGUCAAGAGACUACUACAUCCAACACACAGCUGUGGCCACGCUGUUGGAACUCAUAAACCAUUCUCAGUCUUUAGCACUGGUUAUUCAGGACAAACAGAAGCGAUACCAAACCUCAGACUCCAAUCCUCUGAGUGGUAGGCUACAGAUGGUCACAGAGCCGCCCGUUUACCCUGCGGUCCUCAGAGCUAUCGAGAUAGAAACCGAUUUCUAUCAGCGGAUGUCCCAAGUCCUGUGGUCGCAGCUGGACACAGAGCGCAAAGAACAGCACAUUUCCUGCGUGGAUCUUUUCUUCAGGCUCCACUGUCUGGCUCCAUCUUCAUCAAUAUGUGAAGACAUCAUUUGCAACGCACUACUAAACCGAGACAAGACUGUCAGACUAGAGGCGUUACACCGCUUCACAGUCCUUUGGCAUCUAACCAGAGAGACCCAGAACAGCAGAUCUCUGUCCCUCAAUCGCUCAUUCGAUAGAUCGCUGUGUGUGGUAGUGGACAGCCUAAACUGCACAGAUGGCUCCAUCGCUGCCGCCGCUCACUGUUGGUUGGUCAGGGCUCUGUCUCUUAACGAUGUGAUCAGAAUCCUGGAGCCUGUUCUCUUGUUGCUUCUUCACCCAUCCACUCAACGGUGCUGUAUCCAGAAUGUGAAACAAAAUCUUACUGCCGGAAACCUGAAGAUCUUGAACAGCAGAAGCCGGAGCUCAACAAAAACGUCUACAGACACAAUGGCAACUGAAGUUACAAUUUUUAACAUAAACAAUAUCCUUGAUCGAGAGUCCCUCUGGAUGGAAUUGGACAGUGGUCCUGAUUUGCCAAAAGAAUCUGAAGUUUUACCUUUGUCUCAAAGUGACAGUGAAGGGACUGAAGAGGAGGAAGAGCAGGAUGAUGAAGAUGUGAGUGAACACACUGAGUCUGCCGACACCAGUGGGGCACAAGUGUCCACAGAAAACUCCAGUUCUGGCUCUGCAGUCUAUCGCAUCAGUGAGGAGGGAGCCAUGGUCAAUGGGCUGCACAGGGUGGAAUCUGAGAGGACACAAGCUUCUGAUUCACUGUCAAGCGAGGAUGAAGACCAGGAACUGGAGGCAAUGGCAAGAUCUCGUCUCCUAAAGCAGGAGCGUGACAAGAGGGAGGCCAUCGACUCGCUGUUCCGCCAUGUGCUGCUGUAUCCUGUGUCAGGAGGAUGGCCCUACCUCCUCCAGGGCCUCACAUUGUUGCACAGUUUACUCAAAAGCAAUGCCCACUCCGACCUGGUAGAUGCUCUUUCUGCUUCCUCUCUGGACACAAGCUCAGCUGCACAUUUAAACCUCAUUUCAAAUCUUUUACAACGUCACCAACAGUCGCAGGAUGGAAAAUGUUUUUAUGGCUCUCUCCAGACCCCCAGCUCCUCUCCCUCCACCGUGCCUUCCCUGCUCAUAGAACUGCUUGUCUCAUUGUGCUUGAGUUUGCUGCGCUCUCAUUACCCCUCCUACCUCAGCUUGGGACCUCAGGAUCUGCAGGGAAACAGAGAGGUUCAAGUUAGGAGCGUGGAGGUCCUGACCCAGAUUAUGAACCAGCUCCACUGUAUGGCCCGUGCAAACAACAGCCCCACCCUCGACCUGAUCCGAAAAGUACUGCUUGAUUCCAAAGUGCAGCAAUAUGCCCUACUUACUCUGUCCGCAUCUAUGUAUGUCAGCCAGAGAGGAAGCGAGAGGGGAGUGAAGGCUGUUGAGUUGCUUGGAGAGGAUGGAGCGAGAGCUUUGCAGCCACAGUACGGUUACGCCAUGCAUCCGCACUGGGUGUCACUGGUGUGCUCCUCUUUGCCCUACCUGGGGCGCUCUCUGGGCAUCAUUGUGACUCCUUUUGUCAGUCAGAUCUGCAAGAACUUAGAUGAGCUCGUCAAGCUGUAUGAACACGAUGGAGCAAAGACUUUACAAAGAAAAGAAAACAUCGCUCCUGAUUAUGUCCUGACCCUUCUGGAAGGUCUGACCACCAUCACACACUUCUGUCUUCUGGAUACAAAAAAAUCCCACAUAUAUGAGGCUGUGGAUAUUCGCAAUGCACGUAAUGCGGUGCUGGAGUCCCUGCCCCACAUGCUGAGCAGCGCAGCUCUGUUGUGGGGUGUGCUGAUGAAGGAGGAGAACCAGAGGCGCAUGUUUGAUUCAACUCCGAGCAGACACACUUCAGCCUCUGUGUACUUCAAGAGCUCAAAGAUUCUACGGCAGCGGAUUCUUGAGUUCCUACUUCCUUUGACUGGACAGUAUGGCACUCAGCUCAUGGCCUCAGUGGCAGCAGUGUGGAGUAGUAGGAAGGGAAAACGGAGGCCCAAAAACAAAGUACUUCCUGUGGCUAGUGAGCCUCGACUAACUUUAGUGGAUCUGGUGAAAUCACUACAUUCUCUGAACACUGACACAAUCAUUCAUUUGGCUAAAGAGGUGGUCAAAAAACCCCAUCAGAUCAAAGGAGAUCAAAAGACAGCCUUAGUUGACAUUCCAAUGUUACAGUUCAGCUUCACUUUUAUUCAAAGCAUAUCGUCUCAGGAGCUGCAGGACAAUGUGGCUGCUCUCCUCACUCUGUUAAGAGAGUCUGCACAGUUCAACUUGACUCCACCAGGACAUUUCUUACUGCUCGGGAUCCUGAAUGAAGUUGUUGACAGACUUCCCAACCUCGACAACAAGAGAGAUGCCAGAGAUCUGCAAGAGGUGACUCAGAGAAUCCUUGAAGCAGUUGGAGCGAUAGCAGGUUCAUCUUUAGAGCAGACGAGUUGGCUCAGUCGCAGCCUUGGAGUCAAAGUUCAGCCACAAGUGUGCCAAGAAGCUGAUGAAGCUGAUGCAGAUGUGGACGGGGAUCUUAAUGAGUCUGUUGCACAAGCGAGCACAAUGGUGUCCUCAUCGGCACCGUCUGUCUACAGUGUUCAGGCUCUUGUGCUGCUUGCGGAGAUUUUAUCUCCACUUCUUGAUAUGGUGUAUCGCAGUGAUGAGAAGGAUAAGGCUGUUCCUCUCAUUUCCCGUCUUCUUUACUAUGUUUUUCCAUAUCUGAAAAACCACAGCAUUUACAAUAUUCCAAGCUUUGAAGCCGGGGCUCAGCUCUUGAGCAGUCUGAGUGGUUAUGCUUACACCAAACGAGCCUGGAAGAAAGAAGUAUUUGAGCUCUUUAUGGAUCCUCUCUUUUUCACAAUGGAAGCCUCUUGUGCACCCAGUUGGAAAUCGAUUAUUGACCACCUGCUGACUCAUGAGAAGACCAUGUUCAAGGACCUUAUGGGUAUGCAAAGCAGCUCUAUGAAACUCUUUACCAGCGCAGACCAGAAACCUAUGCUCCUGAAGCGACAGGCCUUUGCUAUGUUCAGUGGAGAAAUUGACCAGUACCAUCUCUAUCUGCCUCUGAUACAAGAGCGCCUCACUGAAGCGUUGCGGAUGAACCCCAGUGCAGCGGUUUCAGCUCAAAUGUUUCUCAUGUUCCGAGUUCUUCUUCUACGUAUCUCAUCGCAACACCUUACUUCUCUUUGGCCAAUAAUGGUCACUGAACUGAUCCGCAUAUUUGUACGAUUAGAGAAAACUCUGCACAUAGAGAAGGAGAACUCCAAACAGCCAAAAACUACCCGUGGAGAUAAGAAUGGACCAGUGAACUUUUCUCAGACAGAGUUGGACAUGUACUUGUCGGCCUGCAAGUUCCUGGACACUUCUUUGGCCUUUCCGACUGAAAAGAUUCCUCUGUUUCAGAUGUAUCGCUGGGCUUUCGUGCCGGAGGUAGAUGUGAAUCGUUACAGUGGACCAGAAAAUGCUCUGAUCGAGGGCGAGCAGGAGAGCACGCCGCAUGUUGUGAAAAUACUAGAAGGAAUUCAACAGCGCUAUGGGGCACUAAACGGACUGACUGAGGAGUCCACAACAGAGGGUUUGGAGUUCCCUCUUCUUACUCAGCGCUGCUUAAUGUCCAUUACUCAGCUGGUGCCUUUCUUUUGCACUCUCUGCUGUUCUUUCCAGAGGCCUUACAGCGAGCCUAUGCCUCACUUCCCGGUGGCAGAGUACCCAGCAUUCAGUUCAGAAACUGUACUAAAGAGGCUUGAAAACACCAUUGAGGAAGAAUUCCUGGACUGUAUGGAGAGUAAAAAUUAG